CUGAACAUGCAGGUCCAGAUCUUGCUCCUGCUCCCCAUGGCCUUUCUCCUGCCCCCCAGGGCUCAGGCUGGUGAGAUAAUCGGGGGCCAGAAAGCCAAGCCCCACUCCAGACCCUACAUGGCUUAUCUGGAAAUACGACACGGAAACAGGAGGUCUCACUGUGGAGGAUUCCUGGUAGCGGAAAACUUCGUGCUGACGGCUGCUCACUGCAAUGGAGAGGACAUCACCGUGCUCCUUGGAGCCCACAACAUCCGUCAGGAUGAGGAGACCCAACAACGAGUCUCUGUGCAGCACAAGAUCCCCCACCCUGGAUACAACAAGACGAGCCGUGAGAAGGACCUGAUGCUGCUGCAGCUGGUGGAGCCAGCAGAGCUGACUGAUGCCGUGGAUACCAUUCCGCUGCCCCAGGCUGGCCAAGCCGUGGAGCCAGGGUCCAUGUGCAGCGUGGCAGGAUGGGGCAGGACCAGCCUGAAGAAAAAAACAAACAUCCUCCAUGAGGUGGAGUUAGAGGUGAUGUCAGACGAGACCUGCCAGAACCUACGCUGCUACAGGCCCGUGAUGAUGAUGUGUGUGGGGGACCCCAACCAGGACAAGGCCUCGUUCUCGGGUGACUCUGGGGGCCCCCUGGUGUGUGACAGGACGGCCCAGGGCAUCGUCUCCUUCGGCAAGAAGAAUGGGUCCCCCCCAAGGGUGUUCACCAGGGUCUCUGCAUAUGUCCCCUGGAUCGAGAGAACAAUGAGGGGUCUCAGGAGCCCGGGACCCCAUGUUGAAAGGCUGGGGCCCCUACACUGA